CUUGGAGCCCGGCCUAGGUGCCUCUCUUGGGUUGCCUCGCAUAUUCGCGAAUUUGACGGGAGGGAGGUUGAUUAGCAAAGGUUCAGGAUAUGCCCUUCCCAUCCGAGGAGUCUCCCGCGAUUACGCGAAGGCCAGAGGGUAGUCGCUAGAGGGAGGGUGCGAUGGAAGUGUCUCCCUGCAAGAAUUGGACCCUUAACCUUAUAGUGACCAUCUCCCCCAAUCCAACUCGCCCAGAAAGCCUAGUAGCCCUCGCAUAUCAUCUUGCCUUCACAGACCACAGUUUUCCGUUCUCAUCAAAUAAUCCACACACUCUGCAAUCAACCACCCAAUAUGACGUCUUCUAACGACACCUACACCAUUGGCUGGAUCUCGGCCUUGCCCACCGAGCUGACUGCUGCGAAGUUCUUCCUCGAUACAACCCCCUCCCUCCCCGAAGCCGUCGACAUUCAUGACACCAAUUCCUACGUCCUGGGGAAGAUGGGCCGCCACAACGUUGUGAUCGCCUGCUUGCCUGAUGGAGAGUACGGAACAACGGCCGCUUCUGUCGUGGCUGCGAAUAUGCUACGCAGCUUUCCCAACAUCCGUUUCGGCUUGAUGGUCGGCAUCGGAGGCGGCGCGCCAUCCGAGAAGAACAACAUGCAUCUCGGCGAUAUUGCUGUCAGCAGUCCCGGUAACGGGUAUGGCGGCGUGCUCCAGUACGAUUUCGGAAAGUCGAUCCAGGACCGGACAUUUACCAUGACGGGGUAUUUGAACCAGCCACCACAGGCCCUCCGGACGGCAGUGGCCAUUCUGAAGUCCGAGCACGAGGCGUACGGCCACCGUUACGAAGCCCAGAUCGCCGAGCAUUUGGAUGAGAGCCGUCUGACGAAGGCGGCGCGCGCGAAGUACUCCCGUCCAGAUGCCACGAGCGAUAGGCUGUAUCGACCCCUCUACGUGCACGGCAAGGACGAGGCGAGCUGCGGCAAGUGCGGUGACGACCCGAAUCAUCUAGUUCCGCGACCAAAACGAGAGGAGCCUGAAGACGGGCAAGACUUCGCCGUCAUCCAUUACGGACUAAUAGCCAGCGCCAAUCAGCUAAUGAAGGACGCUACGGUCCGCGAUGGGCUGGCGAGGGACAAGGGCGUCCUUUGCUUUGAAAUGGAGGCGGCCGGCCUGAUGAACAAUUUCCCCUGCCUCGUCAUUCGGGGUAUUUGCGAUUAUUCGGAUUCCCACAAGAAUAAGGGCUGGCAAGGGUUUGCUGCAAUGAUGGCUGCCGCGUACGCCAAAGAGUUGCUGCUUCAGAUUGCGCCUGGCCAAGUUGAGGGGGAGAAGACGGCCAACGAGGUUCUUGGUGUGGUGACGAGAAUCGAAAAGGGAGUCGACUUGUUGCAGCAGCAUGCGCAAGACACAAAUGAUACGCUCGCAUCCCUCAAGUCCCAGUCCAGCAUCGCCAAACUAAAGGAGUGGCUAUCUCCUGCCGAUUCAUCCACGAACAUCAACCGUGCAAGGGAACUCCGCCAUCCCGGAACUGGCGACUGGAUCUUGGGAGUGGCCAAGUUCCAGGAGUGGUUCCCUGGAUCACACCGCCGACACUUGUGGUUGUAUGGCCUUGUGGGAUGCGGGAAAACGGUCCUCAGUGCCAGAAUCAUCGACCACCUCGCGGGUCGUAUCGUCCUCACCUUCUUCUUCGACUUUAGCGAUUCCAAAAAGCGAACGACCGACGCCAUGCUGAGGUCGCUGGUUUUCCAGGCAUACACUCAUCAACUUCGCAUCGGCAAAGAUCCUGAAGGGAUUCUCCAGGUUUCUGAAGACCAACCGUCCAAUACCACCUUGUGGGAGAGCUUGUGCAAGAUGCUCAUCAAUUUGGGGGAGGUCGUCAUUCUCUUGGACGCACUGGACGAGUCGACAACCAGAAGCAAAUUGAUCGAUUGGGUCAAGGACGCAGUCGGAAUGCGCGAGCUAGAGCGUGUCCGCUUGAUCUUCACCAGUCGACCAGAAUCCGAAUUCCACCAGCACAUCCCUUCGAUUAUUGGCGAGGAUAACUGCCUGCCACUCGACGAAACUGCCAUCAACCGCGAUAUCUGCUCCUACGUCCAAGCAAAACUCAUCAACGACAUAUCUUUCAGCAAGAAGGUGCCUGCCGGUGGAGACCUGUCCCGGAAUAUUGGCCGCGUGGUUGGGGAGGAUGCUGGCCCAAUGUUCCUCUUGGCCUCCUGCCACGUGGAGGAAUUGUCCAAGUGCACAAACCCCAGGGCUAUUCGGGACUGCCUCCAAAGACUGCCGAAGGACCUUACGCAGAUGUACGAUCGCGUCAUGGAGAACAUUCCGCCGCAACUUAAGCAAGAUGCCAUGCGUCUCCUGCUAUUUAUAGUCAACUCCGGGAGACCUCUCAGAGUGGGAGAAGCGGGAGAUGUGAUCGCUACACAGGCCGAAACGGAGCCUCGAGAUUUCGACCCCGAGCGCAGACCGUUCAACGCGCAUGCCCUCCUCGAAUACUGCCCCAGUCUGCUUAGGCUCGAAACCGACCAAAUUCAGGGUGAGGCCCUGCAGCUCGCCCAUAUCUCACUGAAGGACUACCUCGUCGGCCGACCCGAUUUCGGGGACCCGGGUGCCAGCAUCUCCAUAACCUGGACUUGCUUGGCCUAUCUUAGGACCAUCCAAAGCGACGGGAGCGACAUCGACGCCGAGUUUCCGUUCCGAACUGCGGCGUGGGAGUUCUGGAAGCAGCACGGCAGCAGAGCUGAGGUCUCGGAUGAAAUUGUCGAGGAGUCGGUUAGGCUGCUGCAGGCGAGGGCCACGGCGCCCGUGCUCAAGGAGGUCACGAGACUCCACGGGUUCGACAGUCCGUCGCCACUUAUCGCGGCCUGCGCCGGUGGAUUCCCAAGGACGAUCGAGCGUCUGGUGGAGAUGCGGUCCGACCCAUUCUCGCUCCGCGAUGCUCUAGUGACGGCGUCACAACACGGCCAUGGUGAUAUUGUGCGGCUGCUGCUAGAUAUGGAGAAGCCUCUUUCGCCAUUUACCCUUAGGCUAGCCCUUAGGUCCGCAUCGAUGCGAGGGCAUGAAGAUAUCGUGCGGUUGCUAUUGCAGGCGAGAGGGCUUCGUGGUCCGGAGACUCUUUCAAGCGCCCUGUGCGUCGCAUCGAAAAACCGUCGCCGCGAAGGGGUAGUGCGGCUGCUGCUGCUAAAGGCAGAAGAGUUCCCUUGCCCGAUAGAUGUUUCAAACGCCAUUUGCAUCGCAUCGGCAGAGGGAAACGAGAAGAUUUUGCGGUUGCUGCUGGCGGUGGAGGGGCCUCUUCACCAAGGUGCGAUUUUGACAGCCCUCUGCUACGCAUCUGCCCAAGGCCACGAAAAUGUUGUGCGGUUACUGCUGGAGACGCAGCAGCACUUUCAGACAGAGGCGCUUACAGAAGCCAUUGGCAUCGCAUGGGCCAACAGUCACCAAGGUGUCGCGCGACUGCUGCUGGAGGCCAGAAAUAGGGCAGAGGAGCUGGCAUUUUUCCGCGACAUGGAGAGCCCUCAGGCGUGUGAGACCAAAAUCAAGACAGGAAAAGUCACAACGGAAAAAGUCACAACGGAAAAAGUCACAACGGAAAAAGGUACAGGGGUAAAAGGGCAACCGGGGAAGGGCAAAACGGGAAAAGCUGACGAUAAAUUCUCCGAUGUAAUUCGUGCCGCCCAGAAGUUCAGCCAGCGCCUCGUGCAGAAGUUUGCGUCGUUAGGGUAUGGGGAAGUCCCGGACCUGAAGAGGCGAGUGGCUGUUCAGAAGGGGACCAGAAGGACAUACUUCGACGGUGACGGAUUUUUAACUUUUAAGCCGUAGAUGUUGCACAAGUACGCUCGCUCAAUGCAUCGGUUUUUUUCCCAACUGUCCC